AUGACCAACAGUAUCAGUGAGAGCUGCACCACCCUGCCUAACCCUGGGCUGACCAACAGUAACAGUGAGAGCUGCACCACCGUGCCUAACCCUGGGCUGACCAACAGUAUCAGUGAGAGCUGCACCACCCUGCCUAACUCUGGGCUGACCAACAGUGAGAGCUGCACCACCCUGCCUAACCCUGGGCUGACCAACAGUAACAGUGAUAGCUGCACCACCCUGCCUAACCCUGGGCUGACCAACAGUGAGAGCUGCACCACCCUGCCUAACUCUGGGCUGACCAACAGUAACAGUGAGAGCUGCACCACCCUGCCUAACCCUGGGCUGACCAACAGUAUCAGUGAGAGCUGCACCACCCUGCCUAACCCUGGGCUGACCAACAGUAUCAGUGAGAGCUGCACCACCCUGCCUAACCCUGGGCUGACCAACUGUCCACUGAUGGCAUCUCUCAAAAACAAACCCUAA